UUACCCUAAAUUUGGGAGAGAGGAUUGCACAAUCAGAAUCCUUUCCCGGUGACAAGCUAGUCGAUUAAAAGCGCCGGUGUCGGUUUGUCGAUAUCCGAUUGAAGAUAUUUUCGGAUCCCACUUGACAUGACAGCGUACUUGGAUAACAAAAGAUAGGAUAUCGGAUAUCAUGAACUCAAUUGCGCACUCCACACAACAUAAACUGCUCGAGAAUUUUCUCAGAAGACAGAGAGACACAGAAAGAAGCAAUGGGGGUCUCCUUCCUCUCAACUUUCACUCCUUUGCUUUCCCUUGUUCCUGUCCCAUCUCACAGGACAGCUACCAUUGCUGCUGCCACCAGAUAUCCCUCUCAUGCAGUUACAAUUUGUUGUUACAAAAUGGAAACUGAUGUUACUGCUGAGGAUGAGGAUCGGUUCCGUAGGAGGGACAUUCUUAAAUGUUUUGGUGUUACCAUUGGCAUGGAAUUAAUGGCAAGCUCUGGAUUAUUUGUGGAAAAAGCUAGUGCUGCUGAUUUGAUACAACUAAGACAGCGUUCUGAAUUUCUUUCUAGUAUCAAGAGGACCCUGUCUACGGCUAUAAAGGGAAGUCCAGACCUUAUUCCACCCAUAUUAACUUUGGCACUGAAUGAUGCCGUGACUUAUGAUAAGGCAACAAAAUCUGGGGGCCCAAAUGCAUCCAUACGGUUCAGUUCAGAGUUAAGUAGGCCUGAAAACAAAGGGCUUUCUGCUGCUUUGAAUUUAUUAGAGGAAGCAAAGAAAGAGAUAGAUUCAUAUUCCAAGGGUGGACCGAUUUCCUAUACAGAUCUCAUCCAAUAUGCAGCGCAAGGUGCCCUCAAGGCUACAUUCCUAGCUUCUGCCAUUCGUAAAUGUGGUGGGAAUGAAGAGAAAGGGAACUUGUUAUAUACUGCAUAUGGUUCAAGUGGGCAGUGGGCGUUGUUCGACAAGCAAUUUGGAAGGGCAGAUGCCCAAGAGCCAGAUCCAGAGGGAAGGGUUCCCCAAUGGCAGAAAGCGAGUGUUAAGGAAAUUAAAGACAAGUUCUCAGCUAUUGGCUUUGGUCCACGCCAGGUAGCUGUGAUGUCUGCAUUCAUGGCUCCAGAUCAGGCUGCAACUGAGGCCUUCUUGGCCACUGAUCCGGAUGUUUCUCCAUGGGUUCAGAAAUAUCAACGGAGCAGAGAAACCGUAUCUCAGACGGAUUAUGAGGUUGAUCUGAUAACGGCGCUCACAAAAAUGAGUUGCUUGGGUCAGCAAAUCAAUUACGAGGCAUAUACAUAUCCCGUGAAAAAAGUUGAUUUGGGCAAACUCAAAUUAUAGAGGAUGCAAAUAGCCUGUGCAAAGUAGCACCGCCGCCAAGGAAGGAACUUAUUUGUUUGAAACAUGUUAUGCUGAAACAUCCGCUAGCCUUCAGUUUUUGUGGGAUCCUUUUGCAAAACGGUUUGUUUUUGAGAUCAAAAGUGGGAAAAUCAGGCAAUCAAGUGUUUCUUAUUUCUAAUGAAUGCUUCAAUCCUAA